UCGAGUCUACUGCAUGCAGGAGAAACAUCUCUCCCCAUAAAAUUUGAAGGCGUCAACUCUUGCCCUGCAGCAAUGGAAGUAACCAAAAAGAAUUUCAAGGAGGUAUUGAAGAAACUUCCUAGCAUUCUUAACGGUGCUUCGUUUAUUGCCAUUGAUGGGGAGUUCACAGGAUUGCAUCAUGAAGUCAGACCCUCUCCUUAUGAUACACCUGAAGAGAGAUAUGACAAACUCAGAAAGGGCUCAAUGGAUUUCUUGCUGAUGCAGUUUGGUAUGUGUGUCUUCAAGUAUGAGAAGCAAAAGUCAAGGUAUGUUGUUCAUCCAUUCAACUUUUACGUGUUCCCGCACCCGGUGAGCAAUAGAAAGCCAGAUCACAGGUUUCUAUGCCAGAGCUCAAGCAUUGACUUCCUGACGUCUUUCAACUUUGAUUUCAACAAAGUUUUUAGAGAUGGAAUUCCUUAUCUUACUCACGCCGAGAAGGAAUCCAUGAAAGAACACGUCCGUGAGAAGCACGUCCUCUUUGAGCAACAAGCCAUGAAUUCGGAGCAGAGCCCAGGAUUCAUAUCUCCAAUGGCAAAGAAGCCCGUUGAGAUCCCUGCUGAGCAGAAAGACUUUAUCGAUGCUGUCUGUAAGAAAGUUGAUGACUUUGUAAAUAACUCUGAGGAGGCAACUUUGAAACUAGAGCCAUGCACAGGAUUCCAGAGGAAGUUAACAUUCCAGUCAGUGAAGGCAAGGCAUGCAUCUGGUUUAAUGUUGACUACCAAAGCCGGUGAAAACAAGGGCGACCGAUACAUCGAAGUUGCCAAGGCAACAGACGAAGACAAGAGAAACAUGUUGAAGAAAAAGUUAGAGUCAGAUUUGGAUGACGUGGAAGAUGCCGCAGGCUUUUCAAAGGUCAUUGACCUUAUCAGCAGCACUGGUAAACCGGUGGUUGGUCAUAACAUCAUGUUAGAUGUCAUGCACGUCUUACAUCAGUUCAGCUGUCAACUGCCAGAGACAUUAAGUGAAUUCAAGGAGCUGGUCUCUUGUGUCUUUCCUAAACUUCUUGACACCAAGGUCAUGGCUGGAACACAACCAUUUAAGGAUCAAAUCCCAUUUACCGGCCUGUGUGAACUUGAGCGAACCCUUAAAUGUGCGCCAUUCACCCAGCCUGAAUGUGUUACCGCACCUGGCUACCCUACCUACAGCUCGGAGACUGAUAAAUCACAUGAAGCUGGAUACGAUGCGUUCAUCACAGGAACGUGCUUUGCUACCAUGGCUAACUACCUGGGUACAUUCCUGGACCCACCCAGGGGUAGAGUGACGCCAACGUGUAACCUUAUCGAGCCGUUUCAUAACAAAAUGAGUUUGUUCCGGGUUCAGGAUCUCCCAUAUAUCAACCUAACUGGCCCUGACUUGACUCCAUCAAGAGACCACGUUUUCCACAUAACAUUCCCAUCAGAAUGGCGUACGCAUGACAUUCAGAAUCUCUUUGCACCAUUCAGCACUGUGUUUAUCAACUGGAUUGACAACUCAUCAGCUUUUGUGUGUCUGAACAACAGGGAUGAAUCCAAACUGAUUAUGAAAAACAUUGAACAAGGUCCUGACCACAGAGUGCAAACCUACAAAGACUACCGAAGAUCACUGCACAAUGCAACACCUGAUUCAUCACCGAUGGUAGCUGCACAGCCAAGCACGAGCGAUACUGGAGUAGUCACACCCAGCGAGGCAGCCCCGUUUCGGACACCGCGGGGGUUAAAGCGAACACACGACUCAUCAGAGGUCAGAGGUCAUGACCCUGAGGUCGCUGAACUCACAGCAGCUGCAGCAAAGAAACAAAAGUCCAUGGAUCCAAACGCUCCAGUGUUUGUUUCACGUAGGAGUGUCUCUCCUGUAGAAGUGUCAAGCACCAGUCCACAGACAGUCAAAGAAGCCGACCAACAGACAAUCAAAUCUCUAGAAGCUGACAAAGACUCAGCAGGAACUGAAAUGAAAGAUGGAAAGAAGUUAUUUGAUGAGCCAACAAGUUGGUAGUCUUUUUUAAUCACUUCAGAAGGCAACCAUUCUGCAAAUCAGACUAAAAAACAACCACAUGUUCUUCAAGUUCCUUAACAUAAAACUACACAUACAUUGCAUCAAAGCCAAAUAAUAGCAAGGAUGUGUCUUGAAAACUGGUUAACAAAUUAUUUCAGGGAAAACCUACGCAGUCAAGUAGGGACAGAAACCCAAUCAACAUAGUGCCCCUGGCGGGAUUCGAACCAGCGUCCUAGAAGUGGAAGACAAUUUCACUGAGAUAGUCCUAACUUAGGACUAGUCCUAGGACUCUUCAGGAUUUAGGCUAGUCCUUAGUUAGGACGAGUAACCUGUCCUAACUCGAGAUAAGACUAGUCUUAACUCUCUUUUGAAAUCCACCACUGGUGUCAUAGUGAAGUUCUCUGCUCGAAAUUAAAUGGUGGAGUAGAAGACAGCAACGAUUUAUAAUAUAAAAAACCCAGUUAUAAUUUGGUCCUGGAAAUUUGAAUGUAGCUUUUUUAUGACCACCAUCUUUGUCUUCUUAGAAGAAACAACAAAUAACUAACGGGUGUCUAAAAUACAGGAAUGAGACGUUCAGACUUUUUUGUACAGUGUUGGCAAACAAUACAUGUUGUGUUUUUCUCCAAAUACAGAUUACAUGUUGGUCAGCCCUUCAAAACUGUUCUACUUUAAUAUUUCCUAGGAACAAAUAAAUCAUGCCUGUAACUAAAUCCUAACCAAUGGAUCAUAAAGUUAUGAUCUAAAAUUGAAUCAGAAUAGUUACACCAAUUUAUAGUAUAACAAAGUGAUUAAAACAAAGAACUGCCUCUAGUCACCAGAAUGCUCAUCAGUCUAGUAGUGGUUGUUGUUGAAGAAUGCGGGCCCUUGGGUUCCAAUCCCGCCCGAGCAGUGUGCAUGUCUGAAGGACUUGGGAAAGCAUUAGUGUACAGUGCUUGAUGCACACUGUACAUAGUGGUGUGUGGUAAAACCAAAUUAUUGGAAAAGACAAUAAUUAUUGAAAGCUACAUGUUUCCUAGAAUUUACUAGCAGUAAACACUAGAGAGUGCAUAAAUUAAGAUUUUUGUGAAAGCAUUUCGUGUCGUCCCCAUGUGUAGAAGUAACAGAGAGAUAUAGCCAGAGAAGGGGUUGUGGCCUUUAGCAUCGGUUUCAGAAUCUUGGUUUAUGGUUUAUGGUUUAUUCAAAAACAUUCAAAACAUUGCUGUUAAAAGAAUUUAAGACAUUUAAAUCACACAAAAUAGGAUAAUCAAACAUCCUUCACAAAAAGUGAAAAUUUGCCCGUGGUCAUCAAAAUUAGACUUUAAAAUUUUAAAUCUUCUCGCGUGACCAAUGCAAUACCUGUUUCCAUUCUUCAUCGACUUUUUUAAUAUAUUAUCAAACGCUUGACAUUUCGAAAAGUUUGAGAAGUAGUUAUGACUUGCAUAAAAAAGACAGACUUAUUCAAAGAAGAUUAGGCCUAGGGUCAAAAUCGAUUUUAAACGGGCUAGAAGAAUUUUAUGAAAAUGGGUUGUGUUAAGUCGGGAAAGUCGCCCACAAAAGGCUUAUUUCGGGUGCUGUUACAAAAGUAAUGAAUGAUUGCUUAUUUUUUGUAAUACUUUUUUUCUCGAUGAUGUUAUUUCUCUGGAGGAUUGGUAGUGGUUUGAAUUAGCCUAUAUAAUCGAAUGGCUCUCUUAGACUCCUAACCUUCCUUACAUACCAAUCCUGUAAUACUGUCCGUAAAGUUCGUAACAAACUAGGACACGUAUCCAGGCCUUGUGUAUGCAUUGACUCAAUUCAGUUGACGUCAUCAACACUAAAGUCAUUCCCGUUGGUCAUUAUAGGAGUCUUUGUCCAAGAUAUUUGUCCUACUUUAGUCUGAUUUCAAAUUUGUUGGUCUUGGAAAAAUCUGAAAAAUUGUGAUUUCAUAGCCUGAAAUGUCUAUUUUAAUAGACAUUUCAGGCUAUGAAAUCAAGUCCAUAUGUAUACACGUAGGUCAGUCUUUAUACUCGAGAAAAUGUUCCCUACUUUUUCUAAGAAACAAAUAUCAUGCCUGUCUAUAGUGCACGAUAUGAUGUGUGUUGGUGACUACUAACUUUUUGCCAAAAUGUUACCACUGCAGGCCUUGUUCCAUACAGUUAAAACGAAACAAAAUACUGCUGUAUAGUGUAUAUAAUGACUUUCCCGAGACACUGUUUUUAACGGGAAUGUGUGAAACACAGAAUAUUGUUUGACAUGUUUUAUAUUUUGUAUUGCCAAAUUACCCUGUACAGUCUAAAAGGGGGUAAAGUAUACACAGAUGAGCGCCAUUUAACGUAGAUUUAUGUUAUAAACAAGUUCAGUAUUUCGGUGUUCGUUUAAACCAGCGAAGUAACGUUAUCGUGUCUCGAUAUAAUCGAUAUGUUAUUGAUACGAUAGUGCUUACGUCAAGAAUUAUUAACCCGUCAGUUAACACUGUCAUCAUUUGAGCCGGCCUAAAGGGUUGGAAAAUGUGGCUUACGGCGAGAUUAAAUCACAAAUCUGAAUUGCGUACAAAUUACCUUAAUGCAUUCAUGGACUUUUUGGGGAGAGCAAAACUAUCUGAUGCAUUGACGUCAUCAGGCGCCAUAUUGGAUUUAAACCAACAAUGGAACUUAUUGGACGCGUAUUGACUUGUACGCGCAGUGCAAAUGAUUGGUCAAUGAGCAUCCUUCUUUUAUUUAUUAUUUGUUAUUCAUUUGUUUUACCUUGUUUGGACAAUACAAUAAUUCACUGUUUCUCUUGAAGCAUCAUAACCGAUUGUGUCAAAAGUUUUACAGAUUUGUUAUUUUAGGUAUAUGUUGGGAUACAAGUGGGAACACUGGUCUUUAACAAAUACCAAGGGUGUCCAAGGCCUCAUACAAAUUGGUGGUCACUUUGUGUGAAAACAUUGGAUAACGGUUUUCUUUUUGUGGUUAUUCAUAUUUUGCAUGUCCAAUUAAGGAAACGUGUUCCGCGCACGUGGUUGUACUUCAGUUGGAAAUAUUCAUCGGGAGAAUUGAUGCUUUUAUCACGUUUACAAAAAGGUAUAAAUAGCUUAAACAUCGAGAUUAAAAUUGUUUCAUCAGAUUAGUUUUUCUUAUCCGAAAGAAUCAUACAUGCCUUCAGUUGCGAAAGUGGCAUCUAUUAAAUAGAGAACCAGUGAUGAUCAACUGCUUGUUAUAUACAGAGAAUCUACAAUAAAAGUGGAACAAUUUGACUUUUACUAUACCAGAGGUAUAGGUUUAAAACUUGAGUGGAAAUUGCUUAAAAGCUGGGCCCAAUUUAAUAGAGUUGCUUAAGCACAACAUUUUACUUAAGCAAAAAAAUUCCUUGCUUGGUAAAAUCAGACUACCGGCCAAGACUCAACUGAAUUGUUAUGCUAAGCAAACAACAGCUAAAUACCAGUCACAAGUAAUG